AUUCUAAGUUCAUAGUGUGGUCUGCGUGGUUCAGUGUUCAGUGUUGUUGUUGUUUGUCGGCGGGGAGGUCGUGUCACGAACGCGCGGGCUCCGAACACAUCGCGGCUUCAAUGGUCCCAUAUCAAAUAAAAAUAAAAUUUAUGUUUAGUGAAUAUUAGAUUUUUAAUGUUGUUGCAUAUGUGAGUUAUACGACGAGGUGUUUUAUGGUACGGUCAUAAAGUUUAUCAAGGAGUUCCCAAAAUGUCGGCCUUCAACGUUGUUUUGGGAUGUGUGAUGGCUCUGCUCAUCAUACUCUUCACAAUCAGUUCCAUUGCCAGAUAUUAUAUAAAGUUCACAUUGUUCGUCGUUAUGUCACUGAUAUUCGCGACAGUUCCGGUGCCACUCAUGUUGUUGAAACCUUUUGACCCAAGAAAUGCGCUAAUACCGGCCUUGUUUCUGAGAGCCUUCGCGAGGAUACUCGGUCUUCGAUGGAAGGUGCGGGGCUUGGAGAACGUGGACAAUAGUCGGGGAGCCGUCGUACUGUUAAACCACCAGAGUAGCCUGGAUCUAUAUGCGUUAGCAGUAAUAUGGCCGCUCAUGUCUCGAUGUACAGUGGUUGCAAAGAGAUCGCUACAGUACCUUGUACCCUUCGGCACUGCGACAUGGCUAUGGGGCACAGUUUUUAUAGACAGAGGCGCCCAAACAGCACGCGAUGCCCUCAACAAGCAAGUCGAUGCUAUCAAGAACCAGAAGCGAAAACUCCUGCUGUUUCCUGAAGGGACAAGGCACUCUGGGGAUAGAUUGCUGCCGUUCCGUAAAGGGGCAUUCCACGUUGCUAUGGACGCAGGCGCACCUAUACAACCCGUUGUCAUUUCCAAAUACCAUUAUCUGGACGGCAAGCGACACAAAUUCGGCUCAGGCGAGUUCAUCGUAUCGAUUCUGCCAAUGAUCGAGACUGAGGGUAUGGCGAAGGAAGACAUUGUGGCGCUGAUAGAGAAGAUACAAAUCAACAUGCAAGAAGAAUUCACAAAGAUCUCGAAAGAAACGCUAGCGAGACGCAAUCUACUCAAUAAGGCUGAUUAGAUGAGGUACAUAAAUUUAAGCAUAUCGUGGUUUAAUUAUCUCGGGUAGCGAUAGUAGCUACUGUGGUUCGUUAUCAAUACAUUUCGAUUCGACAGGAGUAGUCCAAGUGGUACCUAGCGUCGCAUUUCGUAGUGCUUAUUUAUUUUUUCUUGCGUUUACAGGUAAUUAGAAAUUUGAUAUCGACGUGUUAAAGAGCUGUGAUAAACAAACGUAUAAUGAAAUAGAUACUAAAUUGUAAUU